AUGGCAAGUUACGUGAUCAUUCCCUCUGGCGAACUGAGGGUCGUAGAACAUCGAGUUGCUUCGGGAACGGAGAAGUUGGUUCACAAGUCCAGCUGGAAAGGCAGGGAUGUUGCAGUUCUCGACAUCCGGGGAGCAUCCCGGAAAUCAGAAAGGGAGCUCCAGAGGCUAAUGGCAGAAACGACACUUGGAGCACAUCCACAUGUGGUGCAGAUUCUGGGAGAGACCGACGACGGUCAGAUCGUGAAUGAGUGGGCUCCUUUGGGGUCCAUGACAAAUUAUGAUGGUUCUGCAACUCACUUUACAUCAAAGGCAGGCUCGCUACCUUGGUCAGUCUUGGCCGUCAUCGCCUGCCAGGUUGCGUCCGCGGCGGAGGCCUUCUGGAACUCAAGCCUGCUCCAUCGAGACCUCGCCGCACGGAACGUCUUGGUCUUCAGCCUCGAUCCUCCGCUGGUGAAGCUGACUGACUUUGGCUUGGUUGCAACUGCCGGGCAGGAGCGCUAUGGAUGGCCGAAAGGCCAUGCCAUGGGAACUCGCUGGAUGGCGCCCGAGAGCCAACCGGACGCGGACUUCCAUUUUGACGACAAGACGGAGAUCUACAGCUUCGGCUGCUUCCUUUUCGAGUUGGCCACACGUGGCACCUUAGUGCCUUAUGCCCGCACCGGCAACGAUCGCAUUCCCACCCUGAAAAGGGCCGGGGCGCUUCCUUGGGAAGAUCUCCGGGCAGUGCCUUCUUUUCCGGCCGGCUUUCGGCAGCUCAUUGAGGUCUGCUGCGAGCGACUGCCUGGAAACCGUCCUAGCUUUGGACAGCUCCAAAAAUACCUGCACAGACUGCGCGACACGAAUGGUGAAAGCAUGACGCCUACAAGCAUGCAAGCCUGCCCUUUGAAUGAGGACCCCAGUAAGCCCUGGGUGCCUACGUCCCCUCUGUUGCGGGAUUUCGACCGCAAUGCUGUGUUGGCGGUCGGGCCAAAUGGGCUCAGCAACCUGGUAGAGAAAGCCACGGCUUGGAGAAUGUCACGGGACCAGGUCUACUCACUGCCGCUCCUCAGUGAUGCAGCCUGUGAUGCCUUGUUGGAUGACAUGAUCCAGUUCCAUCGCACCGGGCGCCAAACGUCACGGGCCAACUCCAACAACCGCUUCUCCUUGCGGCUCUCUGAGCUAGGCUAUGAGCCCUUCCUGCGGGCCCUGGUCGAGGAGGUCGUCUCGCCAUUGUUUGCCCGGCUGCAGGAAGGCAACUUCAAGCUCGCAUACCGGCAUGGGCACACCGUGCAGCGUGUGCACGAUGAUGCCCUGGAGAAAUCCCCACUGCCUGGAAGCAACCGUGGGUCCCUCCACACCGACGACAGUGACGUGACAGUGAAUGUCAACAUUGGCGGAGACUGGGAGGGUGGUGGCCUCAAAUUCUUUGAGGAAAACACCGAGACGCCUGCCUUUGUCUUGCCCCAAGCGAAGGGUCAGGCCUUCCUACAUUACGGGAAACUUCGGCACCAGGCUGGGCUGCUGACAGCAGGCUAUCGCUUCAAUCUGGUGAUCUGGUGCGACAUUGUGCAGUGUGCGCCUGAUCGGAUCUAG